GAAGGGGACUCUAGUCUUGAGGGACUCAGAGGCCUGAGGUGGCUCCUGAGAUCUCGCUCUGUGAUUGCAUCCCAGUGGUGAGGGGAUGUCUUGUUCCAGCCACACAUGUGAGGGCGAGUUCAGUCUCCCCAAUUCCAGCACUCAAUCUCCACCAGUGCCAAGGGUGGAGUCAAGAGAAUGGGAACAUGAGUAAGGACAGGGCUGCAUCUGAAUUCAGGCAGUGCGAAUUUUCCUGCAGAUAUUUUGCUGCACAGGUGCUCUGUACCUGGAAGGAAGCCAGGCUCCUCUCCAUCAUUGGAGAGAAGUGACAUAGUCCAGUUAGGUCUCUCCUCACAGAUGAGGCGAUGUUUGGGGUCAGCUCUACCUUGUCCUGUUGUUGCUGUCCUAUUUGACUUGCAGGAACAUGUCAAAAGGGCAAGGAUUCUUUUAUCUCAGGUUCCUGCCACAAAACAGGUAUGGAUGGGAGGCAGCUGCCAGCCCUCGGGGGAGGACUGAGCCAGCUGGACACCAGGAAGAUUGGUGGUGGUGACCAGGGGACAAAGACCUGCGGGUACAGAGAGGGGGAUGGCGCUCUGGGGAAGAACAGGGUUGAUAAGGUAGGUAAACAGGCAGAGCAAAACAGAGGAAGAGAAGAGCUGGGGGCAGAGUUCUGGACCCAGAGCAGCCACUGCCAGCAGAGCUGGAGCCACCGCCUCCUGGGCAGAGGAUGGGCUGGACAUAAGAGCCAGGGGGCAUUGAGACAGAGUAAGCCUGUGCAUUCACAACCACUCGUUCCAGAAAAGAGUUGGUACUAUGGGUGGCAGGCAACAACUCGCUGGUCUUCUGCUGCUGUUAUUUCUGCUGUGGGUCCUAGCACAGCCCUUGUGGCCCGCAGCCGUGGCCCUGGCCCUGCGUUGGCUCCUGGGGGACCCCACAUGCUGCAUGCUGCUUGGCCUGGCUGUGCUGGUGCAACCCUGGCUCAGCCCCUGGAUGCCCCACUGGGUGAGCCUGGCAGCUGCGGCCAUUGCACUGAUGCUGCUACCCCCGCGGCCACCUCCAGGUCUACGCUGGCUGCCUUCAGACAUUACCUAUGUGCUCAAGGUUAUCUUCUUAGGCCUGCGGGUUAGGCAACGCUUCAAUCGGCAGCCUCCUGAUACCUUCGUGGAUACCUUUGAGUGGCAGGCACAAGUACACCCUGGCCGUGUGUCUUUGGUGUGGACAGGCCCUGGGGCUUGCUCUCUCACCUUCAGUGAGCUGGAUGCCAGGGCUUGCCAGGCAGCAUGGACUCUGAAGGAUCAUCUGGGCGGCUCCACUGGCCUAAUUGCUGGGGAACCUGUUGCCCUCCUGGUACUGGCCUCUCAUGCCAUUCCUGGUCUGAGUCUGUGGCUGGGGCUGGCCAAACUGGGCUGCCCAGUGGCCUGGAUCAACCCACAGGUCUGUGGGCCUCCACUGGCGCACUCUGUGCUGGCUUCUGGGGCCAAGGUGCUGCUGGUGGACCCAGAUCUCCAGGACAGCCUGGAGGAAGUGCUUCCCAAACUGCAGGCCGAGAACGUCCAUUGCUUCUACUUUAGCCCUAGCUCCCCUACACCAGGGGUGGGGGCUCUGGGAGCUGCCCUGGAUACUGCAUCGUCCAAGCCAGUGCCUGCUGACCUGCGUGCCAAGAUCACCCGGAAGAGCCCUGCUGUGUACAUCUACACUUCAGGGACCACCGGGCUCCCAAAGGCGGCUAUUGUCACACAUGAGAAGAUCCUGCAGAUAAGCCAAAUGCUAUCCUUGUGUGGGGUCACACCUGAUGACAUCGUGUAUGUGGUCCUGCCUCUGCAUCACACAAUGGGCCUUAUUCUUGGGCUCCUGGGCUGCUUAGAGCUUGGAGCCACCUGUGUCCUGGUCCCCAAGUUCUCCGCCUCCAACUUCUGGAGAGACUGCCGGCAGCAUGGCGUGACUGUGAUUCUGUAUGUGGGCGAGGUUCUGCGGUACCUGUGUAAUGUUCCCCAGCAACCAGAUGACAAGAUACACUCAGUCCGCCUGGCGAUUGGCAAUGGACUCCGGGAAAACGUGUGGAAGGCCUUCCAGCAGCGCUUUGGUCCCAUCCGGAUUUGUGAAGCCUAUGGCUCCACCGAGGGCAAUGCUGGCUUCUUCAACUAUCCAGGGCAUUGUGGGGCCGUGGGCAAGACGAGCUGCUUUCUUCGAAUGCUGGCUCCUUUUGAGCUCGUGCAGUUUGACACUGAGGCAGCGGAGCCUGUGAGGGACAAGCGAGGAUUCUGCAUCCCUGUGAGGCCAGGGAAAGCAGGGCUCCUCCUGACUAAGGUCCUACGCCGCAACCCCUUCAUGGGCUACCGCGGGCCCAAAGAACAGUCAGAACGGAAACUGGUGCAACAUGUGCGCCAAGAAGGCGAUAUUUACUACAACACCGGGGAUGUACUGGUCAUGGACCAGGAAGGAUUCCUCUACUUCCAAGACCGACUUGGAGACACCUUCCGAUGGAAGAGUGAGAACGUGUCUACCCGGGAGGUGGAGAGCGUGCUGAACCUUGUGGACUUCCUGCAGGAAGUGAAUGUCUAUGGCGUGCCUGUGCCAGGGUGUGAAGGCAAGAUAGGCAUGGCAGCCGUGCAGCUGGCCCCUGGCCGGACUUUCAAUGGGCAGGAGUUGUACCAGCAUGUCCGUGCCUGGCUCCCAACUUAUGCUGCUCCACAUUUCAUCCGCAUCCAGGACACCCUGGAGAUCACCAGCACCUUCAAGCUGAAGAAGUCUCAGUUGGUGCAAGAGGGCUUCAACAUGGAGAUCAUUGGUGACCCCCUGUUUAUACUGGACAACCAGGCCCAGACCUUUCGGCCCCUGACAGCAGACACGUACCAGGCUGUGUGUGAGGGGACCUGGAAGCUCUGACCACCCAGCCAACCCCAGGACAUCUGAAGGAGCAGGGACCAAUGCUGAUCCCAACUCUGUGGCUACUAUGCAUUCCAGCCUGGCCCCACAGUUGGAAAUGACAUGGGGCCUGUUAGCAUAGCAACAAUAAAUUUGAAUGUGUACCCAGAAAUUGGUGUUUGUGUGCAUGGAGAAGUGCAGGAUGCAGUGCUGCGGGACCUUCCUCUAGGGCUCCCAGUGUCUUCAGAGACCCCAGCCCUGUGUGGG